CCUGAGAACCAGAUAAUGAAUAAUUCAUUGUGGGUGGUCUUACCACAUGAAUGAGGAUUGUCAUUGGGUGGGAGCAGGCUGGCUCUCCCUUCAGUGGGUGCUCAAUGAGAAUGCAUCAGAUAGUCUCACUGCAGGCGAGAGAUCCUAGCAGCUGAGCAGUGCCACCGAUGCACCAAGUGAUCAGUGACCCCAGGGGGCACCUCAUCAAUGAGACGCAGCAAAUGCCACUGCACACAGAGACUUUAUUACCUCUUAUCCUCCCCUGAUUGAUAAAAAGAGAGAGAGAAGAAUGAUAUAUACUGGCUUGGGGGGUCUGUGUGUUACAGCAGUGACCUGUAAGAUCCUGUCUGCUAAAUCCCUUUCUACCUCCAAGUGAGCAGACGUGCAGCUCAGACAGAGGACUAAGACCGUCGGCUGCUCUCCACAACACUACUUCUGGUACAGCGGAGACUCCGGUUGUAUUUCAACCCAACCACCUUUCAGGCUGAUGUGGUUUUAACACACAUGGCUCGGAAACUGUACUUACUGCUGCUGCUCUUCUGUGGACAUACAGUCUCUGAGAAACCCCUCCUUAAUGACAGGCCGCUGGCACCCUUGGAUUUUGGAUAUGUACCCACUGGAAGUUAUGAUACCAACGCAUACCAUGAGCCAGGGCCUAUAGGAUUACUAUUUCAAAUAGUGCAAGGAUUCCUGUACGUUGUGCAGCCAAAUAAAUUCCCGCAAGAUCUUGUGAAACGAAUAGCACAGCAGAAGUUUGGAGAAACGCGCAAUGACUAUCAGAAGCCAGAGAACGUGCUCCUCACUCUGCAGGCAAUACACUAUGAGAUUGGCUUUAUCGUGGCUGCUGUGCUAGGGGUCCUCUUUUUCCUGUUGGUGCCCCUGGUGGGUUUCUGCUUCUGCAUGUGUCGCUGCUGUGACAACUGUGGCGGGGAGAUGCAUCAGAGACACAAGAAGAACGCAGACUGUCAGAGAGGCAGCAUUGCCACCUUUCUCUUUGUGACGUCUUUGCUAAUGAGUCUGGGUGUCCUUUGUGCUUUUGCUGCAAAUCAGAAUCUUACUGAUCAGAUUCGGGGAUCAAAGCGACUCGUUCAAAGCAACUUUAAGGACUUGAAAACCUUGCUGAUUGACACUCCAGUGCAAAUUGAUUAUUUAUUGAACAAGUUCAACAUUACCAAGGACAAGGCUCUGUCAGAACUGAACAAUGUUGGGCCGUUGCUCGGUGAGCGUGUUCAUGAGCAGCUUGGGAAAGGGGUGCGUCCUGCUUUUGAUGCUGUUCUUAACAUGGCUGGAGCGAUCAAGGAGACUAAAGAAGCUCUAGAGAAUGUCAGUGUGUCUGUGGAAGUUCUUCAAGAGGCAAUGGACAGGCUCAAUGAAAACCUCACAGAUGCCAAGUUACAGUUAAACAGCACACUGAGUGACCCAGCAUGUUUCACCAAUGUAGCACUAACUUACUGCAACAAAAUCAAGAAUUCUCUAUCUCAGCUGAAGGUCAACGCAAACUUCAGUACGUUACCGGACACAAGCCAGUAUCUCCACAAAUUAAACAAUGUUCUCAAAACUGAUCUCAGCAACUUGGUGCAAAAGGGUUAUGCCGCUUUCAAUAGCACUCCGGAAUUGGUACAUAACCAAACCAAAAAUAUAGAGGAAGAUAUGAAGAACAUUCUGGAUUCCAUUGGAGCAAAUAUCACAAAUUUCUCCAAAAUGAUCCCAGUCCUACAAAUAAUGUCCAACUUAACGGCAUAUCUUGCGCAGAGUGAAAUGUAUGUUCGAGACUAUUACCCUGUAGUUGAACAGUAUGACUUUUACAGGUGGUUGGCAUCUCUCGUCCUCUGCUGUAUGGUGACGCUCAUCGUUGUCUUCUACUUCCUUGGCCUGUUAUGUGGUUCUUUUGGUUAUGACCAACAUUCUUCCCCAACCACUAGAGGCUGCAUCUCCAACACUGGAGGGAACUUCCUAAUGGCCGGUGUCGGGUUCAGCUUCAUCUUCUCCUGGAUCCUCAUGCUUAUUGUAAUUGUAACAUUCCUGGCUGGCGGAAAUGUGCAAAAGUUGGUCUGUGAACCAUUCCAGGACAGGUCUCUGUUUAAGGUUCUGGAUACCCCUUAUUUACUGAAUUCCCAGUGGAAAAAUUACCUGUCUGGAGUCCUGUAUCAAAAUGCUAACGUCAGUCUCACAUUUGAAAAAGUUUACAGUGAUUGCAAAGAAAACAAGGGGAUAUUCACAGCACUGCAGAUUGAUAAUCUUUUUAAUCUCAAUGAAUUUCUGAACAUCAGCAUGUAUGUUGAUGAAAUAUCUGACCGGAUUGAAAUGAUCAAUAUAAAGCUGAACAAUAUUGUUUUGCUGGAUGAAAAAGGAAGGCGGAAUUUAGAAGAUUUUAGCUCCAUGGGAAUUGAUGAAAUAGACUUUGAUGCAUUUUUAGCAGAGGUGGGAAAGAGCAGUACAAAUGUGGAUCUCUUGGCAUUUGCCAAUGACUUGGAAGGAAAUGCGGACAUGUUGCCAAAAGGAGCAUUAGGAAAUGCAUUAAAAGGACACGCUAAUAGUAUACGGAUGAUACACAUUCAGCAAGUGGUACCAAUGGAGCAGACAAUGGGUCUUUUAAAUCAGAGCAUCAAAUUGCUGCAGAGGACAUUGUUUGAUAUUGAGGGAAAGGUAUUGGAUGUAAUCUCAUCUAUUGAUGCAGCUCAAAUGCUAAUCAAUAACAAUGCUUCCUCAGUCAUGAAGCAGGAAUCUAAAAAGUUCAUGGACACAGUCAUCGGCUACUUUGUUCAGUACAUUCAGUGGGUAAAAGACUCUAUAGCCUUGGAUGUUGCAGGAUGCAAACCAAUCGCAAAUGUUGUAGAUACCGCUGUGGAUGUGUUUUUAUGCAGCUACGUAAUAGAUUCAGUGAAUUCCUUCUGGUUCGGUUUAGGGGGCUCUACAAUAUUCUUAAUUCCUGCCAUCAUUUUUGCUGUCAAGUUAGCAAAGUAUUAUCGUAGAAUGGACACAGAAGAUGUUUAUGAUGAUGUUGAAACUGUCCCCAUGAAAAAUAUGGAAAAUGGUAAUAAUGGUUAUCAUAAUGAGUAUUUGUAUGGUAUACGCAAUCCUAUAAUGACAAGUGCUGUUGAACAGUGGUAGAAGAGAGUGGAGACACUGGUGCAGUAUUAUACUCUGAGAAAACACUACUCCAGCCUAUGGGGAACGUAUGACACAUUACUGGCUGAUGUACAGUUAAAGUUGAUGGAUUUUCCAGAGGAUUAAACCAUAAUUUCCAAGAAGAACAUUUUCACGUGGACUUUAGAGAAAUCUUUACAAUUAUUGAUUUUCAACAAUUCUUACAUAAGCCUGUCACUUCCAAGAAGUAAUUUUAUGCACAGUGGAACGGUGGGGUUAAUAAACAGUGAUUACACCAGACUUCAUUUUUGUAUCGAUAAAUUUUGUAUUUAUACCCACUAUUUAUUAUGGUGUUUUAGUUGUACAUGUUCGGUAAAAAGAAAGAAAACAACUGGGACCACAUACCACUGAUGUUUGUAAACUUUCACUUGCAUAGUCAGUAACAGUAAACAUUGUUUAAUAAAAUCUUUUGUUCUCCAA